CUUCUGGCAGUUGUAGAGAGUGAUAAGGUCUCCCUUGAGCCUCCUCUACUCCGGACUGAACAAUCCCUGUUCCCUCAGUUGCUCCCCAUAAGACUUGUGCUCCGGACCCUUCACAGUUCUGUUGCCCUUCUCUGGACACACUUCAGAACCCCAACGUGUUGUAGUGAGGGGUAUGGCACAGAGGCCCUCCUCGCAAGCACCCAGCCCAGGCAAAUUCACAUCUCCUUUCUGAUCACGUUUCCCUUGAGUUACAGCGAGAGGGACACAUCUCCAAGCACACAGCUUUGUACAGACUUCAGCAAGCAGCCAUUAAGCGCCUGCGUUAAGGCACCAGCAGAGCGGCGAAGGUGUGCGCUGGUGCCAGGCUGCGGCUGAGGCGGCCACCUGUCCCUGCGCACCGUGCCGCCCCACGACUGAGAGGCCGGCGCUCGGCCACGCAGGGUCCGCACUGCAUCGCACGGCAACCGCGGCGGGAAGGGCUCUGCCCUCCCCUCCCAGUCGCCGCUCCCCGGCGGCCCCGCAGCCGACACUUCCGUCCCCCCUUCCCGGCAUCACUUCCAGGUCAGGAAGGCACCGGGCGGCUUCCGGCGGGAGGCUGCGGGGCGCCGAGCGCUGCCGGCCCGCGGGGCUGAGGGGCGCCGGCAGCUCCGCGUUGAGGGGGGCUCCCCGCGGGCAGAGAUGUUGGUGCACUUGUGGGGGUUCCUGUACAGCAGCUACUUCCGGUUCUGGCUGAAGUGGCUCUGGAGGCUGCUGACGGGGAAGUGCGAGCUGCAGCGCGUCUUUGAGGGCGCGAAGGAGGGCGCGCGGAGGACGCUGGGCAUAGAACGUUCACUGGGAUCAUCAAAAAAUAAGGUUCUAAGAAAUGCUCUAAACGCUGAUGAAACUGAAAUAGAGAAGUGUGUCAGAGAUGUAAUGAAAGAAAAGAAAAUUGAACAGAAGGAUAUCAGGUUUAAGACAAAUCUGCAUAUGUCCUUACUGCAGAUAACAGGUUAUAAAAAACUGUACUUGGAUGUGGAAAAUCUGAGGAAGGUCACGUAUGAUUCAGAUAACGAGGAACACGAGGAACAGUUAAUUGAGCUCUGGAAUUUGCUGAUGCCUCAAGAAAAUCUGAAGGCCAGAAUCACGAAGCAGUGGUGUGACAUUGGCUUCCAAGGCGAUGACCCCAAAACAGACUUCAGAGGAAUGGGCCUGCUGGGAUUAGUGAAUCUGGUGUAUUUUAGUAAGCAUUUCACCAAUGAAGCUCGUCAGAUCCUUUCUCAUUCAAAUCACCCAAAGCUGGGAUAUUCUUACGCAAUAGUUGGAAUUAAUCUGACUGAAAUGGCAUACAGCUUACUUAAGAAUGGUGCUUUGAAGUCUCAUCUGUACAACAUGGUCCCUGGAUUGCCCCAAAUGGAACACUUCCAUCAGUUUUACUGCUAUCUGGUUUAUGAGUUUGACAAGUUUUGGUUUGAAGAAGAACCAGAAAGUAUUAUGCACUUCAACCAGUACAGAGAAAAAUUCCAUGAAAAGAUUAAGGGUCUUCUACUGGAUUAUGAUGUGGUACUAACCUUGCAAAAUACAAAGAAACCCUAACUCCUCUGCAGCAUAUCACAUUCUGCAUCAACAAGGGAAUUAUGCAUUUGGUUGAAAGCUUUGCAAGUUUCACUACGAACUGUAUAACAAUAGAACUCUUUUGCAUAAAAAAGCAAAAAGCAAGCUCAAUUCGGUUAAGAAAGCUCGGACAAUCAACCUCUGUUUACAGCUCUUAUAUGCUAUUCCCCAAAGGACAUUUCUGUGUGUGUGCAUUUAUCUUGUUGUUUAGUUUGGUUUUGUUUUUAACCCCUAAGUCUAAAGAUCCUCCGGAUCAUUUGCUCUCAAUUUCUUUUAUACUUCUUGGUGCAAGAGCAUGAAGCAGACAUUUAUUCUGUAUGGUGUUUUUCAUUAAUAGGUUUAUCUAAUAAUUGUAUUUUAAAGCUUUUUUUAGGUGACAUUUCUGGUUUUAGGCUUUUUGUGUUCUCGUUCUGUACGUGUAGUCAGUCAUCCACUUGUCAGUGUUCUAUUUCUGUGACGAAGGGAAUGCAUUAGUCAUUUACAAUCUUGGAGAAGAAGCUUAGUUCAUCAACAUACUCAUGUAUGUAUUACAAAUUACUUCUGGCUGAGGAAGUUUUCUGUUUGUGGAUUUUUACCAGCAAAUUUCUAUGUUUGGGAAAAGCUUGAUUUGCUGUCAAACAGAAAAAGAAUCAAAAAUCAAGUGUGAGGAUCAGGUCCUCUUUCUGAAAACAUUCCUGCUGUGAAACUUUUCCGUUCUUUCUGAUCUAAGAUGUUUGACUUUGUUGCCAGCCCUUUCUUUUAGCAGGUAAUGGGGAAUUCUGAUUGGGAAGUACAGGAGAGUAAGAGAGUUCACUCAUUAAAAUUAAAAAGAAAAAACCACAGUUGGGUCUUUCAUAUCUAUUCGGUGAAAAUUAACUCCAACUUCUAAUGAAAAUUCAUCUUCAUUUAAGGAUGCAGCUGUGACGUAUUCCUUAACCUUGGCAUCCUCAGACAAUCUAAUCAAUAGGAGUUCAUAUGUGUAUUUUGACUAAUUGUUGCUUAGAGCAGCUUUAAACAGAUUUGGUAAAACCAUCACUUCUUUUUGUAGAACCUACUACUAAACAAGUGCCUUCUGCUUUAUUCAGUCAGUGUUUUAUUUUUAUUCUGUAACCAGAUUGUAGCCUUAGAAGCUCAAGUUAUUUGGGAAAAACUCUUUCAGUAUAUACCUAAGUAGCACACUGGCACAACAUUUUUAUGCUAACAAAAGCUUUCAUGGUUUUUAAUUUUUAAAUCAUCUCAGGUAAAUUAGUUAACUUUAGUCAGUGACUCAUAAUGAUGAGGUUCUUGAAGAACACAGAUUUGGAGCAGGAGAGUAAAGAGACAAACCCCUUUAGGUAACGAGUAAUGCUACACUACAUAAACAGUACAUUUAUUAUUGUCAUAUGUAAUAUUAUGUCUCCUUGGGGAGAUUAAAAACCCACGUGGACGAGGUCCUGAGCAAGCUGCUCUAGGUGACCCUGCUUAAAGCAGGGGGCAAUUGGACCAUGGGGCCUCCAGAGGUGCCUCCCCACUUCAAUAAUUACGUGAUCCUCUGUCGUAUAAAUAGUGACUUCUUGCACUGCAUCCCCCCAGUUGCUCUUGAUCCCUUAAAUGCUUGUGAUCUUUGUAUUAGUGGGAAAGCUCCUGGUCAAGGUAUACAAUAUAUAUACAGGAGGUAAUGCAGUUCUGUCUUCUUUUUAUGGUACUUUAGUUAUUGAUAAUGGUUGAACAGUCCUUGAGUUUACCGUGCACAGGGUGGACAGAGGUUCAGCUCACCUAUGCUGGAUUGAUACUAUUCUACUAAAAAGUAAAAAUUGCUAGUAGUUAGAAUAUGUAUGGUUAUACUAUGGCUUGUAGGCAGAACAGCAGUUCUUUUGCUGCUCCCAGGUACUUGGAGUCUUGUAAUUGUCACCACUGGAAAAACUGAGAUCCUGUGGUGCCGUUUCUCUCUGAUCCCUGUGCAAACUGGACAUUCCUAAAGCCUGACUGAGGGAGGGAGUGGAAAGUGCCCUCUUUCACACUGGCUAGAAAGUUACUUGAGUCCCAGCUUCUUUCAUGUUCGUCUUCUUUAAUGAUUUUUUCCUAUUGCUUGUAGAUCUCAUUUCCAAGUAAAUAGGAUGCAUCUGUUGCAUUACAGAAGUGACCACAAGAUUCCUGCUGCUGCUACCAGACAAGGAGAUCCCAUUUUUGAUUUUCAUCUUCCACUUGCUAGGCAGUAAUGGAGCUGUUACUGUCUCAAAAAUCCCUCUCCUCUAUGGUAGGGUCUGCAACUUUUGGUUUUUUUUUUGGCAGUGGUAGCUAACAGAGCCUACACGCUGGUCUUUCCAGCUUUGAAACUUGUAUUCAGCUCUUGGAUCUCUAGGUAACUGCUGUCUAACUACUGCCAAGGCAUUUCGAGCCCUACCAUCAUGGUUUAGUUUUCCUGUCACUCAGUGAACUCAUCUUAGUAUAGAAUAUAUGUUGAGGUCUGUGAAAUGUAUCUUCAUUAGCCUUUUUUAAUUACAAAAUGUCAACUCAGCUGUGAGCAAUAUAUAUGGGAAUGCAUUAGUUUCUAUGUAGUAUUUGUUUAAGAUGAGUAUUUGCUAGACUUCACUUUCCCAGUAUACGGUUAGAACCUGCAUGUAUUUUGGUGUGAUCAGGUACCCCAGUUCUUCUGAGAGUCACUGUGUGUAGAGUAGUACCAGCUCUCCCUGUUAUGCACUAAGUGUAUUGUGGUAGUGACUAGAACAUGGGGCGGGGGGAGGUAAAACUGCGUUUAGGCAAGGGGAGAAGAGUGUUUAGAACGGUGUUUUACUAGCCAGUGUAUUUCCUACCAACUCUUGUUACAGAAUGACAAUCCUAAGGCUAUGGAAAAUUCAAAAGGGAGGUAAGCGCCUUUCUGCAAGUUGAUAUGAUCAAUUUGUUUAACAUCAGAACUUGUUGCUCAGAGUUUAUUCUAAGAAUCUUAAAGGUUAAAGCUUGGGAAAUUCUCUUGCUGGUAUUUAUUAAGUGUCAUGUAUUACCUUACUGGAACAUGUAAGUAUUGUUAGUGUGCUAACAGGCUGCAUCUUCAAAGCGUUCACUACACCACGGCUGCUACGUAGUCAUUUUAGGGGAAAAAAAUCAGACUGAACACAAAGUGGUUCUCUAAUUUUUUUUUGUUCUUGUAGCCACCGUUUAGCCAACUACCUCUUUCCCCUUGUCCAAGCGUAUGCUUCAAAUGUGGUAUCGCACCAUGAGCGAAGUCAUCUGAAGAGAUGUAAAGACUGUUGUAAAUCAAGGUUGAAGCUGGUCUUUCAUUAAUUAAACAUGUGGCUUCAUACAUAACCAACUUAACUGGAAAGCAUGAUUUGAAGACAGUGCUACCUAAGAAACAAAAAUGUUUUUUAACUGCUGCUUCUGCCAUCUGAUAGUGCAGACAAUGGGAUGUCCUGUCCUAAAAGGACAGUAGGAGACGGGGCCAAUUUAAGCACCUCGAGUCAUUUUGGAUUUUCACUCGCUGGGGUAAAACAAACAGAAAACAACCCCCAAGCAUUCAUGUCCUAGAUUUUUCCAUCCUAGUUUAAAUAUUUAAAAACAACAACGUCAGUUAGCCUUGUCUUAGGAAUUAUUGUGAUGGAGGAAGUUUGUGCUUGGUUACGUGGGAAUUCAGUAGUCACGAUUAUUGAAAAUAUGACUAGUGAAUUUUUUUGGUCCUACCUGUUUGUUUUGUGUUGCUGUAGUGCAGUGGUGAUCUGUCUUGGGACUGAUGUUUCCUGUGCCAGUCUACAUAUUGUCUUUCACUGGGGAAGGGGGUGGUGGAGGGGGGAAAAUAAGAAAAAGUUGCCUGAGAGCGCUGCUGCUGGGCAGCUUCUUCUUACCACACUGUGCUUAGAUAACUGCAUACUAAUAGAAAUUUAUGUUUACCACAGUAUAAAAGCAAUAAUGUAAACUGUGAUGUCUGUGUAAUGGAAAAACAUAUGUUUACAAUGGUAGCAAAUAAAGAACAAGUUAUUAAAAAUACCAUCA